AUGAGGAUCUUGGAGAGCUUUUGCUCUAAGCAACGACAUGGGAACAGGCAAGACACUCAUAUCCUUAAAACGUAUGAGCAGAACAGCGACUAUCGUGAAGGCAGCGGCACCGAGUCCACCUCCAACAUUGGCUUUGCCGAUACUGCAGAAUUUCUUGCGACUACGCUCUGCCUACUCGACCGUCACACACAUCUUGGCGGGCUUGGCUCUGCACCUCAUGAAUCCAGGAGCACGAUCCCUACUCUUUGUGGUGUGGUCAUUGUCUUGUCGACCCUCUUGGCCAAUGCGCUUCGAAUCCUUUUCAUCGGCUUCAACUUCGGCAUCUUCUUUGGAACCAACGAUUCAUUUGGGGACACCGCAAAGCUCGGCCUUGACCAGAGAAUUAUUCUCAAGGCGCUGAAGGGUCUACGCCGGUGA